AUGAUUGGUACUCUUUCCCGUGGAAUCCGCACGGCGCCGUCGUCGGGCAGGCUGCUGUCGCAGUCGCUGCGCACUGGCGCUGUGGCCGGCCUGCCCAAGGCUGGCGUCCGUUUCAACUCGAACGGUGGCAAGGCCAGCGGCCCCGUGAUCGGUGUCGACCUUGGUACCACCAACUCGUGUGUUGCCGUUAUGGAGGGCCAGCAGGCCCGCGUCAUUGAGAACUCGGAGGGUGGCCGCACCACCCCCUCGGUCGUCGCCUUCACCAAGGACGACGAGCGCCUCGUCGGUCUUCCGGCCAAGCGCCAGGCCGUCGUCAACCCCGAGGCGACGCUCUUUGCGACCAAGCGUCUAAUCGGUCGCAAGUUCGCCGACAAGGAGGUGCAGAAGGACCUUAACAACGUUCCUUACAAGAUUGUCGCGCACAGCAAUGGCGACGCUUGGCUCGAGGCGCGUGGCAAGAGCUACUCGCCCUCGCAGAUCGGUGCCUUUAUCGUGGGCAAGCUCCGUGACACUGCUUCGGAGUACCUCGGUAAGCCCGUCAAGCACGCCGUCAUUACCGUGCCCGCCUACUUCAACGACUCGCAGCGCCAGGCUACCAAGGACGCUGGUACCAUUGCCGGUCUCGAGGUCAUGCGUGUGAUCAACGAGCCGACUGCUGCCGCGCUCGCCUACGGUCUCGACCGUCAGGACAACGCCACGAUCGCCGUCUUUGAUCUGGGUGGUGGUACCUUUGAUGUGUCGAUCCUCGAGAUGUCCAAGGGUGUCUUUGAGGUGAAGUCGACCAACGGUGACACCCACCUUGGUGGUGAGGACUUUGACAUUGUCAUUGUCGAGCAGCUCGUCAAGGACUUCCAGAAGGAGAACGGCAUUGACCUCAGCAAGGACCGCAUGGCCAUCCAGCGUAUCCGUGAGGCUGCCGAGAAGGCCAAGAUUGAGCUGUCGAGCACCCAGUCGACCGACAUCAGCCUGCCCUACAUCACUGCUGAUGCCUCGGGCCCCAAGCACAUCAACACCAAGCUCACCCGCGCCCAGCUCGACUCGUGGGUCGGCCGCCUGGUCCAGCGCACCAUUGAGCCCUGCGAGAAGGCGCUCGCUGACGCUGGCGUCAAGGCUGGUGACAUCAACGACGUCAUCAUGGUCGGUGGUAUGACCCGUAUGCCCAAGGUCCUUGAGACCGUGAAGGGUAUCUUCAAGCGCGACCCCUCCAAGGGUGUCAACCCCGACGAGGCCGUUGCCAUUGGUGCCUCGAUCCAGGGUGGUGUGCUUGCCGGUCACGUUACCGACAUUCUCCUCCUGGAUGUUACCCCGCUUUCGCUGGGUAUCCAGACCCUCGGCGGUGUCUUUACCCGUCUGAUCAACCGCAACACCACCAUCCCUACCAAGAAGAGCCAGGUGUUCUCGACCGCUGCCGAUGGCCAGACUGCCGUGGACAUCCAGGUCUACCAGGGUGAGCGUGAGCUCGUCCGCGACAACAAGCUGCUCGGCAACUUCCAGCUGACUGGCAUUCCCCCGGCGCCCAAGGGUGUGCCCCAGGUCGAGGUCACCUUUGACAUUGACGCCGACGGUAUCGUCAAUGUCUCGGCCAAGGACAAGGCGACCAACAAGGACCAGAGCAUGACCAUUGCUGCCGGCUCGGGUCUCUCGGACCAGGAGAUUGAGCGCAUGGUCAACGAUGCUGAGCAGCACGCCGAGGCUGACAAGGAGCGCCGCGUGAUCAUUGAGGAGUCGAACCGUGCGCAGAGCGUUGCCGGCGAGACCAGCAAGGCCAUGUCCGAGUUCAAGGACCAGCUCGAGAAGGAGGAGUCCGACAAGGUCCAGGCCCUGGUCACCGAGCUCGAGGAGCUCGCCAGCAAGGGUAUCUCGGGUGACAACUCGGUCACCGCCGAGACCCUCAAGACCAAGAUCGACGAGACCCAGCAGGCCUCGCUCGGUCUCUUCAAGAAGGUCUACGAGAGCCGCGCGCAGAACGACUCGGGCAGCGCCAGCUCCGAGGGCGAGGGCGAGAAGAAGCCGUAA